GUUACUAACCAGAUGACCAAUAAAACUCGAUCACUCGGAAAUCACACGAUGGCGGCAAGCAAUGAGCUUCCUAAGGUUUGUUGAGAAAUGUUAGUUUUCUUCGUUAGUUUUUGAUAGAUUAGUGCAUUUACAGUGUCGUGUUGGUAAUAUGAAUGUUGGUAUUCUUUGCGCACAGAGAUCUAUUAUUGACGUAAGGUCUGUACACGAAGUAUUUUUGGAUCUAAUGUUCUAAAUACCUGCGCUUUAUGAAGAUAAUUAUGCUCGUGACACACAUAAACUUACAAUGAAUCUUUUUCACUUCAUUGCCAAGCUUAAAAUUUACCUUUUAUCUUUACUCCUCAAAGUGAAGCCUCCCAAGGGCUGGAAGCGAUAAGUGACAUUGUUCUGAAGAAUGAAAGUGCGACGAAUUGUCAGAAGUGUGACAGUCCGUGUUUAAGGGAUCAAGGGAAAGCGGCGUCUGUUUAAUCUAGGCAGCGAAACAACGAACUAUGUAUCGUAAUUUCCGAUCUUUUUCUACAAUUUUCUUUGAACCGUCUUGUAAUAUGUUAUUGUUGUUAAAAGAGUACCACCAGGGACAAAGGUUGACAUAUGGAACAUUAUACCAUCGAUAGUCACGAUUGAUCAGAUCAUGACUCGCACGCGAUUAUGACCAUUCUUUCGCAGUGUACAACAAUGACCAACACCUAAAGCUAGUAUAAAAUUUAUAAAGUCGUUUUAGUUACUAAUUUAUUUAUUUAUUUAUCUUUUUAUAAUCGACACCACCCUCCGCUCAUGCCCAGUCUUUUCUGUGAAAGGCAGAACUCCAACAUUCCCCUAAUUAAUUUAGGAUUCUGGCAGGUGCUUUCUGACAACUUUUCUUCCACCCUAUCCAUAAAAGAAUGAACACGUGCAGGAAGAAGCAAUACAGUAAUCCUGAGACCUCAUGAACAGAAAUACCACUGCUGUCAUUCUUACCUUCUACAAGUAUAUUUCAAUUCAAUUUGAAGAUGUUAAUAGGGUCCAUUCAGAACUCACUGAAAAAUCCCUUCUUGUGCACGAGUUUAUAGGACACUAGUGUUCUGUUCCAAAAAAUAUGCAUGCCCACCCCAUAGAGGGUCUCAGGAAAUUCCAAAGGAAAGAGGAUCGUAAGGCCAAAUUUUUUAAAGGAACUGUAUGAGGCUGAACUGGAAUUUCCAGGGGGUUAGGAAUCUAACCAAAAAUCUCUCAACGGGGGGAGUAUGAUGCAAAACAAUAAUGUUUUUUCCCCUAUAAAAAUAGGACUUUGUUGAGAGAGCUGUGAAGGUUUACCGAGAAUAUGCCACUGUUGCCUCAGUUACCACUGCAAAAGUCUCAUUACUAAAUAGAGAUUCCAGAGGUGAUGUGAAUGAACUUAGCAUUGUGUCCAAAUGGUCUCGACGGGAUUUGGAGAAAAAUGAAAGUCGUAGUUUUCUCAGAAGCCAUAUUGCAAGUUAUGAACCCACAGCAAAAUCCAUCACCAACAUCAGAGAGCCUUCAUUUCCAACAGAAGUUCAAAACUUGUAAGUCUUAAUAUGUUUUUACAUUUUUACUUUCCUCAACUGCAGUUAUAUGUUUACAAUAAUAACAUUGUAAAUCUGUUUAUAAAUAUUACACGUAUAUUUCCUCAUUAGCUUAAUGCAUUUCAUUCUCCCGAAUAUUGAAAACAAACAACACAAUUACUAUCUUUCUCUUAUGUCAAUAUUCUUCCUUUUGAAAUUUGAUUUAAGAUAACUUACAUGCAAAACUUCAUAAAGAAUGUAAGACUUAUCUAUGACAUUCUCUUAUAUAGGCAAUUAAGUAGCAUGUCACCAAGUGGCAAACUUCAGGCAAUAGUGAGAAAGGUGCCAGGAAAAAAUGGACAAGAGGAGAAGCAAUUUUUGGAGGUAACUGUAUAAUGAUAGAUAUAUGGGGAUUGAGAGAUUCAAUCCAAUAGUAGUGUGGCUAUUACUUAUGUUGGAUAUCGAAAUGAAAAUAAGGACAUAAUGGUUUCAACGUAGUUUGAUUCUCAAUUUUCUUUCAGUCAAUCAACAAAUUUAUUUCGCUAUGCUAGCCACAUGGAACAAAAGCUUAUUUCCAGGUGGGGCAUAGGCAAACACAUUACAUUACAGAAAAAUAGAAGCGAUGAUGUGGUGUUCACAAAGUUACAAAAAUUCAGGGAAUAAUAAUUUCAUUAGAAUAUGUAAACAUUUGCACAAUAUAGACUCACUAGUACUAACUUAGUUGAUGUACAAUUAUGUUUCUGUCUUGUUCUGGUGUAGAUUUGGUCAUGUGGUAACUUGUUUAAGAGUGUGGAUGUGCAGGCAUUUGACAAACAUGGAAAGAUCUGUGAGGACUGUAAGUAUUUGAUAAUGACAAGCGUUAAUGAAUAAAUGAUUUUCCAUAUUGCAGGUACCUGGGGGUGGUGACAUUGCCCUUCCCUAUCCUAGAAAUAAUUGUCCCACCCUACCCCCAUAAUUAGUUCUUAGCCCACCAAGGAUUCCUCUGUGUCCUUCUCAGAAAGAUGACUGUUUUGAAUAGGUUUUCAUCUCGAGAAAUGUUCAAUGAAAAGAACAGUGCAUCUUAGAGAAGACUAAAGCCACUUACCAUACUCACUGGCCAGACCAGUCCAGUCAUAAGGAGAAUUCCACUAUUAAUCAGGACUAUUUUAAUUCCUGAAUGGUGCGCAUGGCAAUGAUGGGUUUUAGCAAAAACUUUGAGGAAAAAAAACUAAUAUUUCAUCUUUAAAAUUUCAAAAUGACCCGUCUUGCCUGCAACUUCUGGGUUUUGAAAAGCACCCUCAGUCAAACCGGUUGUUUUUUUUUUUUUCGGUUUCUUUUCCAGCGCAAUUUGGUUGCUUAGCUUGGUCAUCUAAUGAGCAGUUCUUGUUAUAUGUGGCAGAAAAGAAGCUGCCAAAAGCUGUUUCAUAUUUUGAAAGGCAAAAACCAAGUACCGGUAAGUUGAACGUCUGAUCAUUGCUGCUAUAUUUUAUGUUUAGAGCGUUUAUUUGAUUAAUUAAAUAGAUCAUAGUUUACGGUCGAGAAGUCUGUUUUAUAUUUUGAAAGGCAAAAACCAAGAAGUGGAUAGUUUAACAUGGGAUUAUUGUCGCUAUAUUUUAGGUUUAAAGCGUUUAUUUGAUUUCCCCGUACAAUGUAACUAAAUGGAUCAUGGUUCACAGUCGAGAUGUCUGAUUAUUCUUCCAUUACCAUUAUGUUUCUGUAGGUGAUUUAUCUGACAAGCAAGUUCAAGAAAAGGUACCAACAGAACGCAAUACAUCCUACUCCCUAAUCGUCCCUGGUCGGUUAGAACUGGGCUUUACCUUCGCGAAGAAUGAGCCGAAAACGCGUUCUCUUACCUGCUCCACUCCAGACCUCGCGACAGCGGUUUCGCGCGGUCAGAGAGGCGAGAUAACGGGUCUACGAUCUAGACUGAGCAAAAUGUAUUUAACACAAAAAAAUGUGAAAGUUGAACCUCGCUCAACUUUUACGUUUACGUGUGGCCUUUCAUACAUUGCCUCUCUUUCAGUGACGCACGUAAAUUCACGGAAAAAUUACGCGACAGUGGAAAUCAACCCUUAGGCAGCUGUAAUUUUGUAGUUCUUUAUUAAAACCGUAAGUUUUGUUUGCUUAUCACCCCCAGGGGAGUAAAUUUGAAUUCAAGGAUGAUUGGGGAGAGCAGCUAGUUUCAAAGUGUUCUCCUAUCCUUGCCAUCUUUGAUGUAAUAAAAGAAGAGAUUACAGUACUGGAUGGUGUUCCUGAUCAUUUAUCAGCUGGACAGGUAGGUAGAAUAAUGUCUGAAAGAAUGAUUUCGUGUAAAUCCCAAAGAGAAUGAUGAGACAGAGACGGAAGUGGAGUGGUCAGCCGUCGUUGAUCAUGGCGGCCACAAAUUUCAUGUCUCCGUUUCUUAUUUUUGUUUCUGCACUUCUUCUUCAUUCCAAAUUGGAACUCAUUACCACUAACUCUGCGCUGUGUAUCCUCAAUCCAGUCAUUUAAAAAUCGCCUCUCUAAUUUUAACAUUUCAAGGUAUAUUAAAGCCCUAGCCACUAUUAUAACUAAGACCACUGAUCAUACUCCUGCAUCAUAUAUAUCCUGCAUGGGGGAUUGAUGCGGUUAUCAAUUUAGAUUUAGAUUUAGAAACGCCCAGUUUAGCCCUUGGUACAUGUCAAUUUCACCAAAGCUGUUUUUAGACCAAUAAUCUUGUCCUAAGCGAGUUUUUAUAAUGCAUUAACCGAGAAGGCCUGGGAAGGCGUUGUACAUGGACUAGGUAAGGGAACAUAGACGACCAGUGAGCCGAAAUAAUAUGAAAACUUUCUUUUAUUAGGCAUGCUGGGGACCGGACGAUAACAGCGUUGUAUUCGUUGGUUGGUUUAAUGAGCCUUACAGGCUUGGUCUUAUCUAUUGCCCAAUUCGAAAGUAAGAAGUUAAGCACGUUUUUACCUAGGAAAUGUAAUGUUUGUGGAAUAAUGUUCGAAACUCUGUUAACGGUUAAUAUUAAAUGCUUAAAAGAGCUAGAUCACAUAGCUUCAGUUCAUAUUGCCCAUUUUUUCGUUAUUGUAAAUUCCAAACACUCAAGACUCACUCACAAAAUCACUUGAACAUUUUCGGUGUCUUUUUUUUUUCUGUUAGAUUUUACUACAUCCGAAUUCAUUCCGUUGUUAUGUAGCAACUUCUGUUUUUCGUUGUUGUUUAUUUGUUUGUUUGGUUUUUUUUUUCAGAAGCGCGUUGUUUUCCUUGUCUUUGGAUCAAGCAAAUAGUCUAGGUAAGCGUGCAAUCAUUAAGAAUUGAGACCCGUCAAGAAUUACAAGCUAGAAUUUUAUCUUCUUUCUCGCCUACAUCAAAAAACGUGCAUAGACCAUUUCUGUAAAUGCUAAGAAAAACUCUGCGAGAAAUACCACAGUUUCUACAUAGAAACCUCGUUCCCAAGGUACUCUAUACUCUCCACUCGUCCCUCGAGAGGCCUCUAGCCUAGAAACCAGGUUGCUUACGUAACCGUUGCUUAAGUCAGGUCGUGGUUCAACGCUCCGGCCGGGUUAUUUCAGCAUGAAGCUUUCCUGGACGACUUUGACUGCGUUAGAGCUCUGGAGCCCGUUUCUCCAAAGCCCCGAUAAUUACAGACCUCGGAAAGCUCUUGUUGUUUACAAACUAGAUAAAGUUUUCAAUAGUUUUGCAAUAAACCUAUCAGUUAACGUAAAGAAUUGGACUGGUUUGUUGACAAGGACUCGCGCUUUUGUUCAUUAGAUUUUGAUUUUUAGUUGAAUAGUUGCGAGAAACGGGCCGCAGAGCUUUUAAUAAUAUCUUGCGGAUGACUUCAUGCUUUAACUUUAAUCGGUAAAUCUAUUUCCUCAUUAAUUUAGAACAACUGACUGAUGUCAAGUAUGCUGUGCACUCUCCUCGCUUUAACCACGCCAAAGAUAAAUUGGUAGGUACAGCAUGGUUGUCUCUUACGAAUUGAACCAAACGGAGUUACUUCCCGCAAGAUUCACGGAGUUUCGCCAAAAAACAUUGCCAUUUAGGAGAUCUUGAAGUCGAUCAGCUUAUUGAGUAAUACUUACUUUCACUGUGGGAAAGACAGCUUUCUAGUUCCCUGUCUUUUUUUCUUUCACUGUGAUGGAAAACGGGCGACGAAAACUGCGUCCGCAGGUACCCAUAGAGAGACGGUUCGUCUCUAAGGUCUUGCGGAAAAACAAGGCACUGUUUCGCUCUGUUUUUUGUCAAUUGUACAGAUUCUCUUUUCUUUUUCUUUUUUUUUUCGUUGUCGCCUUAUAGAUUUACAUUGCCUUGGAUGUCGGUGGUGCGCACUGCAAAUGCGGAAGGUUAAUGCAGGUUUGUGUUUCCUUUCUUCCUUGUUGUUCUUGUUUGUUUACCCUUAAUACAAAUCUUUAUACUUCACCAACUAAAUGACUGCGUUAAAAUGUUUAUUUUAGUAUGACUGGAAAUCGAAAGUUACGUCGACGAUCGUUGAUGUUGUGGACGUUCCAGAAAGUAAGAAAUCUCUUUCUAGUCUGUAUUCUUUAGCCUGAGUAUCAGGCGUUUCUGGGGGAAAAGGGGAAAGAUGGAAGCGAAAAAGGGAUAGAUCUGUCUAAAAUCUCCUGUCCCCUAGCCCCUUAGGAAGGCCUGAUACUCAGGCUAGUAUUCUUUUGCUUUUAUGUCGAUGUUUUCUUUAGCUUAAAAACGUAAUUUUGUUUAGAGAGAGUGAAACUGGACAGUUUUAAGAACUGAUAAACAUGUGGCCCACUAAGGGGUAGUGUAGGAGCAGCUCGUAAGCUCUCUCCCAAUUGUUCGCAGGAAACAAUGGCAUGUCGUUCUUCCAAUUGUUUUGGUAUUGUUUGGUGCAGGAAAACGCACCAUUGGUGACUUCUCUUCCGAGGAGCUACUGCAUGACCCCCACUAACUGUCCCCAACUAAUUAGGCAAUUGGUUGAGUAAACUUUGAUGGGUAGGUUUUUAAGGAGAGGGGAAAACCGGAGUACCCGGAGAAAGAUCUCUUGUAGCAGAGAAGGGAACUAACAAGUAACUCAUCCCUUAUAAUGGUGUUGCCUUGGAGAUUUGAAUGCAGGCCAACCUCAUUCCCAGGGCCUUCUCGUUUUCCAAUAUGGCGGCGGCAGGAAGGCCCUAAGGAUGGUCACAUUGGUUGAAGGCUAGUGCUCUCACUACUGCAUCAUCCCUGUGCGGCCCUGAUAGGCCUGAGGUUUCAAAGUGUCAUUCCAAUCCCCGCCCCCACCCCUCCCCCCUCACUGCCACCCCUAUCUUCCCCAUGUAUUCUGUAAAAUAAUUUAAUUUUAUCGAGGGUCCCGUGGAAGGUAAAGGAACGUUUAGCCACAACCUACAUGUACCGUUGUUGGUGUGUGAAAGUGAACCCUGGAUCUUAACUUUGUUAUUAUUUAACACGUAUUACAGGAGGUGGUUUUGCAGGGAUUUACAUAUGGGAUGGUCUUCUAGAGCGUUGUUUGAGCACAGAUGGAGACCGUGUUGUCCUUAGCACUGUCUGGAGAAGUUCUCAGGUUAAUAUUUAGUUCACUUUUGUCUUAACGUUAUUUUAAAAUGCGCUAACAUCUUUUACAGGAGGUGGAUUUGCAGGCAUUUAUAGUCGAGGCCUCUCAGAGCGUUGUUGGACAAAAGAAGGAAAUGCUGUCGCAAUUAGUACUCCAUGGCGAUGCUCUCAGGUUAAAUGGUUUUCACUACUAAUAAAAACAACAGUAAUGAUAACGAUGAUGAUUAGAAUAACAUCAAUAACGGUAGCCUGAGAUCAUGCCCUCUCCCUAUUAUCACGGGAAGAGGGCAUGAUACAUUUCUUUGUCGGAUCACAUGUAAAAAAAGCCAGAAUCUGGACUUUUUCCUGAUUGGAUAGGAAACAAUACGGAUGAUUUGCGCUGUUCCAAUUGGCCAAAAUGCCGCCAUCCGUUAGUUGUUGUUGAUUUCAGUCUGCACUUUUGCUUGCGUCAUGAGCAGUAAAUACACACGCGAGUUCGUUAUAAAAUUUCUGCCGGCUCAGUUUUCUUGAAUUUGAAGAAUGCCUCAAUAGAAAUUUCACCCAUUGAAAUAUUUUCCAUCUCAUCGUAUACUAAAAAGUUGCAGUCAAAAAUUCACCGAUCAUUUGAAUGCAAUUUGAUACCGGCUACAAGUUACAGAAGCAACAAACGGGUUCGCUUUUCAAAUAAUCAAUUCAUGAAUGGAAUCUUGACCUGGUUUGACUGUAAUUCCUCCUUCAGAAACCUGCGAAUUAUUCUGAACGAUCUUCGCUUUCACAACACCUUUCAGUUCGUAAAAUAUGGUGCUUCAGCCUAAUUUUUUUUUCACUGCUUUCGGCAGAGAACGAAGUCAACGAGCUUUAACCAGUAAAUUCUUUAUUAUUUGUAGCUGCUAAAUAAAGGUACGGCAGCUCCAGCUAGCUCUAUUUGAACACAUUUAAAAUUCUUUUUAGGAAGCGCUAUCUGAACAUGGACGUACUUAAAAAUGUUCUAUUCCCUAAUUAAAAUUGAUUUCAAAAGAGAUAUUAUUCGCGCCAAAAUUUGAUUCCCGUAUGGUAAACGCUUAUUGGCUAAUAACAUGACAGGUCAAGGAGACGUUAGAUUAUGUAAAUUAGGGGGCGGUUAACGGCUCGUUAAAUGAAUGUAUCAGGCGUUAUUUUUUUUCCCUCUCGAGCCAAAGAAACAAAGAAGCAAAAAAAAAAACGCCUGAUCUCAGGUUACAAUAACGGCAACCACAUGGUCACGGUAACGGGAAGGACAGUGAUUAUAAUGGCGAUGAUGGUGAUGAUGAUGAUGAUGAUGAUGAUGAUAAAGAUGGAUCUCUUUGUUUUAAUGAUGAGAGACAGAAAGAGUUUUACAAUGGAAUGAAGAAACCAAAUAUAAAACAUAGAUUGUGUUCUAACUACAUUUGUACUGGCAAUAUUUUUAUCGUCAUGUGCAAAACUUUAAAAGUUCCUAACCCUAACCCUGACCCCGUAAAUAACCAUCCUUCUUAACUUUACCUAAGUAACGGUUUUGCUUUUUCUUCUCAUUUCUAGAAAAUUAUUCUCGCCAACUGUACCAACAAGACAGUGACUAACUUAACAACGGGUAAGUAGACUACCCUUUCAUUGGAAUACAUAGCUACUUUCUUUCUUCCAUUAGAUGUCCAACCUAUUAUGGAAAGACAUUGUCCACUCCUCCAUCCUGCAGGCGAUUCGUUUGCUCAUUCCUUGCAGUUAAACCUUUGUUACUGCUUGUUUUUUUCUGAUUUCAAUUUUUUAUUUCAGCACCUGGUUCUUGGAGCCUACUUGAUGUCAACAGUGAUAUCAUAUUGGCUUCACAUUCGGCGCCAAACUCUCCUCCGAGACUGGUAGGUGGAAGGGAGAAGUUAACUUUCUUCUCUUAAAGGCUUUAGGCGCUUAACAUCAGACACACAUGUAUGUGGACUACAAUAACAGCUAGUGUACUAGAAUAAAAACGAGUCUUUUUUCGACUAAUGAUUCACUUGGUAACUGAAUGUUGUUCCUUUAUUCAGAUGGUUGCAACCCUGCCUGAUGAAGUCCCCGAGUCCGGCCUUUCUUGGAUAACAGUUGGUAAAAAUAUCGAUAUUUCCUUCGAUCAAUCAGGUUGAUAAGUUAUAAGACCACACAAUACUUGAAUUUCUCGCACAGUUUGGCGUGCUAAUCACCUAGUGCAUGAAACUCGAAUACCUGAUAUUUUUCAAUCUCAAAAUGGGUUUAUUAAAUAUUUAUCUAAGUAUUUGUUUAUUCAUUUUUGUGUAUUUCCUUAGCUCAGUCUGCAGACCUAAAUCUUGAGAAAGAAAUCACCUGGACGCUGAUGACAUGUAAACCCAGUGAGCAAUCAGGUUAGUAUCAUUUCAUCUUGCCUUCAGGAUGAUCGCGUUGCCAUUGCGAUCAAGUUCGCCUUCGUUAGACGUGCAGUGAUGGCAAAGAGAUCUGCCAAAAAAGUAUGCUGCACCUUCUUCGUUUUUGUUCGCUUGUUAAACCUGUUAUGAAAUAUUUUGAAGGAUAUUUUUAAAUUUGUCCCAUGUUUUAGUCUCGCUUUUAUUUCAUUAAGUUGAUCAAGGUUAGUCAGGAUUUUGUUCACUUGGGUAUUUUCCUGUUUCUAUCUUAUGAUUUAAUUGUUACUUAAAUUUAUGCUUAGCUCUCAAAUUUAGUUAAACCGCUAUUAUUUAACUUGUUAGUAGGGAGAGUUAAAAGGAGUAAGAGUUAAGAGUUAGAACUAACGACGAAAAUGUGAAGUCGACUCUCGGUACCUUCGCAUAGCGAGGAAGCUGCUUGAACACCCCAUAAUCCCGUUGCUUUUUUAUUUUCUCGAUUCCUUCUUCUUCGUCGUAGUUGCACUGUAUAUUAAACGGUGUAGAUGCACUAGCUGUUGUGCUCUGGACACUGUCAAGUACAAAUAAAGUUAAUUUUGUUUAAUUUCGCUCUACUCUUGUCCAUUUUACAGAUUUCCAAGAUGAAUACGAAGCCGUGUUGAUUAAGCCUGUAAUGAAAGAUAACAAGAAGCCUGCGUUGAUUGUUUUUUCUCAUGGUGGACCGCACACGGCCUACACUUUAGACUUUUCCCUCUAUCAAGCUUGUUUCUGUAAACUUGGAUUUGCGAUUUUAAGUGGUAAGUAAAGCUACAUGCAAGCGGACGCAACAUUGUUGGAUGUUACAUGUUGAGUCCGUUUGCACUCCCUGUUGAGUGUUGUUGCGUGUUGGUGUACAAAGUUUGAAACCAGACAAACUUUUAGCCCCGUGCAAACGGGCACAACACUGUUGGCCAACAAGUCUCAACACUGUUGAGAGUUGUUGCGUCCGUUUGCACGUAGUGAAAACCAUUAAGUAUUAAGUUAGACUAAUCCAUCUUUAAUGUCUGAUAUUUAGUGGACAUACUUGCCCCUCUAAUAACGAAAUUUCUUAUUUGUAAGAGGGCUUAAAAUAACGGCCGGUCAACGGACAAUGUCCGGUUAAAAGUAAGCUUCGUCCGGUCAAAUUCUUGGAUGGCCGGAAACUUUAUCCGGUCCUUUACGCCUCUAAUGGACAUUUCAAUUCAGAAUUUCUGAUUUUAGAUUAGUCUUUUUAAUAAGGGUUUUAUAAAGUGAUAUCUUUCUUUAAAUUGGUGAGUAUUGCAUGGGUUUUAAGAGACCAGUAUGUUUACCAAGUUUCUUGCAGAUUUUCCACAUUAUUUUUCUUUUAAAAUAUAUAUUCAUUUUUAGUUAACUAUCGAGGAUCCCUAGGGUUUGGUCAGACCUCUCUUCACUCACUUCCCGGAAAUGUAGGAACACAAGAUGUCCAGGACGUUCAGGUUUGAAAAACACCAGAAUUUAACGAAACUUCCGCACUAUAAGUUGUGGAGCAGUAUUGAAAAACGAAUGUGAAAGUACUGUUCACUAGCUUUCAUUUGAAUUAAUAGUACCAUCUGAAAGUGCUGCUGAAGGGGUUUCAUAACUCUGUGUGUCGAGUCGAGACAACUUGUCCGCUCGUACAAGUUGUGAAAAGUAUUUUUCCACUCGUAUCAUGUCGACAGUAUUGGACAUGACUGGAACGUAGCACCAUAGGAUUUCAUCCACAGACUCAAAGUUAGGGCUACAUCGUAAAAUAUAUAGUAACCACAUGAAAGUACUGCUGUAGAGGUUUCAUUUGAAUGGUAAUACCUUAGGAUUUCAUCCACAGACUCAAACGUUAAAACUACAUACUAAAUAUAUAGUACCAUGUGAAAGUACUACUGAAGAGGUUUCAUUUGAAUGGUUACACCGUAGGGUUUCAUCCACAGACUCAAAAGUUAAAAAUAAGUAAGAAAAAAUAAAGAAAAAGUAAACAAUGCACUUGAAUAAGUAGUACCAUUUAAAAGUACUGCUGUUAAUUUAUCGUACAUAUGAUGAAUAGAUGUCUAGAGCGUCGGCAUACUACGAAAGCAAUUUUUGUUUAAUUUUAUUCUUAAUCGCUGAAAACGUGUCUGUGUUUUUUUUAGCGUGUUGCUGUGAAAGUUUUGGAAAGCGGAGAGGUAGAUACGUCAAACGUGUUUGUCAUGGGUGGGUCCCACGGGGGAUUCCUGACCACACACCUUAUUGGCCAAUACCCGGUAAGAGCAAACGUUUCGUUUGAUCGGAAAGUAUUCGGGAAAUUUCGAGUAUCUUCGGGAAUGAUCAGUCUUGAGUGAUGAUGUCAUAAUAUCAGUAGAUGGUAUCGACUAAAUCGUGUGGAUUGUAUUAGGGAAACAUUGUUUGCAUUUACUUGACUUUAGUUACCUCGUGGAUCUUUUUGUUAUUAGUAUCAUUAUUUUUCGUUUUCAAAAGGUAAGCUUAGAAAAUCACCGUGUGAAAUAAUAAACGACAGAGCGUUUUCACUUACGUGGCCAGUAGCUAUGAAAAUUAAUUGGAGCAGAAGAAAGUUUUUACAGAAGAAAAAAAUUCAACUCCCGUAGAUUUGGUUUGGGGCACCAAUAUGGCCGCCGUUUCAAUGUUUUUGGAUACCAAUAUGACGGAGGUGACGUCACGUCACGUUAAAACGUUAUUUUCUCCAUUUUUAGGAUUUCUACAGGGCUGCUGCCACGAGAAACCCAGUGGUCAACGUAGCUGGUAAGCAGGUAGCCUGCGUAGAAGGCGCUUGAAAUAAUGGGCGCAAGACAGAACGGGGUGCCAGAGGGAGACACGCAUGUAUUUCUCGCGUGUCUCCAUCGCGCGCCCUGUUCUUUCUCAGCGGAAAGAUGGACGAUUGCUACACCCUGCGAGUAGUGGCUACACUUUCGCAUUGAGUAAAGUGCGUAGUAGCUCUUUUUGCGCGGCCGCCGGCAAUUCUGUUAAAUUCUAAGCUGAUGUAUGUCCUCCUAUAAAGCUUUUGAAAAGCAAAGUACUGUCUUUAAUGCUGGUUUAAUUAAAAAAAAAAAGGAAAAAAGAAAAGACUAGAAAGCUAGUGUGAAAAAAUUUCUCGAAACGUCGGGGAGUGUUUUGAUCAAAGCUGAAGCUUGCGUUUCCUACUUUUAUCUCCCCUUUUGUAUGUAGUAUCAUUUGUGAAAAUCUUUAAUAUGAAUCGCGGGUAUAUUUCAAAAAGCUACAAAGAGACCAAGGAUACAAAUGACCGGUAACACACAGAGCGGGGGCAGAUUUAGUGUCAACUAUUAGCAGUGUUAUGAUUUAGGUCAGCAUUUCUUUAUUCUUGGUUCCAGCCAUGGCAAGCAUUUCAGAUAUUCCGGAUUGGUAAGUCAGUAUUCACUACUCAUUUGUACUCAGUGGCUUUUUUCGGUUUUUGGUAAACUACGGUCAGGCGGCCCUUCUUCCGUUUUUGCUUUGGAGGCGAGGAGAAAAGGACGGCGUCCUCUUUUCCUCCUUUCCUCAUUCGCUGACUUUCGUGCUAUCCCGUUCCUCGAAAACAAGAACGCCUGAUCGCAAGUUAGGUUUUUGGACGGCUCGACUUUUUGUUCUUGUUCCCAGGACCUCUCUUUUUUUCGCCGGGGGUAACUAAGACGAUGACGGGAGCGAUGGCCUGGAGAACAGGCGCUAUUUUGGCGCGUUUUUCAGGGGAGCACGAAGCGGGCCUGGAGCGCGAGACACGUAUGUCUUCCACUGUCGCGCUCCACGCCCACGCCCGCUUCACGCUUGCCUCCCCUCGCUUGAAAAAUGCGACAAAAUUAACGCCCGUUCUGCAGGAUAGAGCAGCGAAAACGUCACUUAAAACUUGAAUUCGCGCUGUUCCAAAAUUAAUCAAAUCUUAGUUCAAUAUGGGCGAAUUUUUCUGGAUUUUUCCCCUGCCUUCCCUGUUGUUGUUGCUCAAGCGCCCUAUUUUAAAACGGUGGAUUUUACUGACCCAUUGACUUGUGCUUAGUCUUGUUGAAACGGUUCUUUCUCAUUAUUCAGGUGCUUUUUCGAAGCAGGGCAUGGUUUUAGUCACGACAGUACAACGACUCCUCAAAUGCUCACGCAAAUGCUUCAAUUUUCGCCCAUUAGUCACGUAAAAAAGGUAAAGCAAUGAAGAUUUGUUGCUUUUUUUGGGGAGGGGAGUGUGUGUGGGGAGGGGGAGGGGGUUGGUGAAGGUGCAACUGAGCAAAUAGUGAAUUCGCAUCACCUUGCUUGGGAAAAUCUUGAAUUUUCAACAUCUUGUCACCACAAUCUUGAAUGUUCCACUUCUUUCUCGGUAACAUCUCGAAUUUUCAACAUCUCAGUGGAGACAAAUAGAGACGAUUACUACUGUUUGUAUUUUUAUCCUGUUUUCUUCCAAACAUGUUGUGGUUCUUAAAGUAACAUUUUCCUUUACGUCAUAGGUGAAGACCCCUACAUUAAUUUUGGUGGGAGAAAAAGAUCUUCGAGUUCCCUGCAGUCAAGGAAAGGUGUUCUAUAAAUUACUUAAAGCGCAAGGAACUGAGACUAGGUGAGCGCAAAAAUGGGCAACUGUUCUCCAACAAAGUAAAACCAUGUCUAAAGGCGUAUCGGAUGAAAGGUCUUCAUUGAUUACAUCUUGUUUAUGACACAAAACGUUCGUGGUAAAAAGGGAAACGAAAUGAUUUAUCGUAUGGAUAGCCUACUGUUCACGUUGCCAUAUUUCUAGACUGAAAAACGCUCGGUUGUUUUCUCAAAAUCAUUAAAGGGAGGAAAAAACCGUAUUUUUAGCGUCUCUCCCCAGUCUCGCUCUCUGUUUUCAGCUUCGUUCCAGACUUUUUGUUGGACUUGAAUACGCAAAAAUACGGACUGUUUUGCAGUCUACCAUAUUUCUGCCACGGGGGUUGGUGGGCAGUUAUAAUUGCAAAUUUAUAUUUUUUUUAUCUGUUUUGACAAGGAGUUAACGUUCGAAAGUCAGCUUUCUGGAGAUUAUUCUGGAGAAUUUGUAUUUGUAUAGUGGGACUUAAAAGGGUUAAAUUAAUUUGCCAAAUCAGUUGUUAGCAAAAAUUUUGAACCAGGAAGGAGUGAAAGCGUCAACGAAGGAACGAAACAUAAAGAAUAAUUUCAAAGUAAAGGGAUUAAAAUUGAUAGUACUUGAACACAAAUCUCACAGCGUUUUUUCAUUAUUUUCAGGUUGCUGUCCUACCCAGAGGAUAAUCACCCGCUAAGCAGGGUGGAGACGGAAAGCGACGCUUUCAUUAACAUUGCUCGAUGGUUCCAUGAACACUUAAAUAACUAGUCCAACAAUUUUACACUUGAAUUCUUAGGCUGAUGUGAAAUGACAGCAUUAUUAUAUUUAUUUUUUGUGAGUGAAGAGUGUGCUCAGUACACGGUAAAAUCAAUUAAAUCAGUAUUAAGUGAAAAAAAUACAUGCUAAUAUGCUAAUACACACUGAAGCAAGAGAACUUAAGUUCUCUUGACUAAAGACUAAUAUUCGUGACAUCCUACUGUUUCAUGGAUGCAGCUUUAGGCAGAUACUCCAGAUCUUCUGCUUAAGUAUGCAAUAUUUCAGUAGGUUCUUAGCUCUAUUUUUUUUCGCGGUGGUCUGUUAUGAAACAAUCAAAUAAAAUUUAUUCUCUUGUUGUUUACAGCUGAACAUUUACUUUCGUUUUCACCCGAGACCGGACCUUUAUUAAUUUCUAGCCUCUUGGAGGCGUUUAGAUGGCGGAGAUCGAGUGGCGCGAAAAGGGAGCGACGCACCCCCUGGCUGUCUUUGCUGAACACUUCUCUCUAUCUAAACGCC